CAAAAUUAAUCAAAUCUCAAAACACCAGUUUUUUCUGUUCCUUCUUCCUGUAGCUUCUGCUCGACAUGGGAAUCAAUGCACAACCGUGCUCGCUUGUUGCUCGACGAUUGUAAUUGUCGAGUGCCUCAGUGAAUCAGAUAGCUAGCUCAUUGCCCGCCACUUUCUUCAUCCUCUGCCCCUCCAUCAAGGUUAGUAGAUCAGAAGUUGAUUUGAACUCUCUAAUCGAUCCAAGAACUCAAACUCCAGAAAACUCAAUUCGAUGUACAAAUUCCAAAUUCGUCAGUUUUCGGGUUUGCCCAAUUCGACAAAAGAACCCACCUUUACAAACCCCACAAUUUCUGGGAGUUUUGGGAAAAGGAAUCGGAAUCCGAUCCCUAUACCCCACAGAACGAUUCCUGAAUCCAAAGGGCAGGACCUUGAUUUUGUCAAUGUUGUAAGCAGCCAUCUGAUUCACUCGGAUUGGGCUAAGCUUAAUCCCUUAUCGACCGGUCUAACUGCUUUUAGAGUUAAACAUAUAUUGCUGAAAAUUCAGAAGGAUUAUGUUCUUUCCCUUGAGUUUUUCAAUUGGGUUGCUGCUCGAAACCCGAAUGCACAUACCCUCGAAACACAUUCCAUGAUUCUCCACAUUCUCACCAAGUACAGGAAGUUCAAAUCCGCGGAGUCUAUUUCGAAGAAGAUUCUUGUUUCGGGCUCAAUUGAUUUGCCUUCCAAGUUGUUUGAGGCGAUUCUGUAUUCGUAUCGGUUGUGUGACUCCUCUCCUCGUGUCUUUGAUUCACUGUUCAAGACUUUCGCGCAUUUGAAGAAGUUUAGGAAUGCCACAAACAUGUUUUGCCGGAUGAAGGAGUACGGUUUUUUCCCAACGGUUGAGUCUUGCAAUGCGUAUUUGAGCUCACUGCUAGAUUUGCAUAGAGCGGACGUUGCUUUGGCGUUCUAUAGAGAAAUGCAGCGUUGUAGGAUUUCGCCCAAUGUUUACACUCUUAAUAUGGUUAUGGCUGUUUACUGUAAAUCGGGAAAAUUAGAGAGCGCUGUUGAGGUGCUCAAGGAGAUGGAGAGCAUGGGUUGUAGUCCUAGUGUGGUGUCGUAUAAUACACUGAUUGCAGGACACUGUGAUAAGGGUCUUAUGAGUUCGGCUUUGAAGUUCAAAAACUUGAUGGCGAAGAAUGGAUUGCACCCUACUGUGGUAACUUUUAACACACUUAUUGACGGGUUUUGCAAGGCAGGAAAACUACAAGAUGCAAAUAGAGUUUUUAGCGAGAUGAAGGCUGCGAAUGUGGCUCCUAAUACAGUAACUUACAAUAGUUUGAUAAAUGGGUACAGCCAGGCAGGUAAUAGUGAGAUGGGCACUAGGCUUUUCGAGGAGAUGUCAAAGAACCGAGUAAAUGCUGAUAUACUGACUUAUAAUGCGCUGAUAUUGGGACUCUGCAAGGAGGGUAAAACAAAGAAAGCUGCAUAUCUGGUUAAAGAACUUGAUGCAAAGCACUUUGUCCCGAAUGCCUCAACCUUUUCUGCCCUUAUUGUAGGACAGUGUGUCCGAAAGAAUGCUGAUCGUGCCUUUCAGUUAUGCCAAAGCAUGAUAAGAAGUGGUCAUCAUCCUGAUGAACAAACUUUGAAGACACUUAUAUCAAGCUUCUGCGGUAACAGAGAUUUUGAGGGAGCAGUCCAAGUCUUGGAAGAAAUGUUAGAGAGAUCUAUUGCCCUGGAUUCAGGUAUCUUAUCUGAUUUAUGUCUAGGACUUCACCGAUGUGGGAAAGAAGAAUUGGUAAAGUCAGUAUGCGGUAAGUUGGAAGCUAGACGACUCAUGCCUCAAGGUUUUGAUAUGGCGAAGAAAUUAUCUACUCUGGAUUAGAGGGUUAGAACUGAACAUUUUUGCUUUUCGAUACAUGUAGAUUUGUAUACUGUUUGUACCUUUGAAAGAAAAGGUUCAGCAGUGUUUUCGAUUAAACAUGUUAAUUUUUAAACUACUCUCUGUUCUUCGCUCUUCUUGCUUCCAUCAGUCGUAAACUCUUGUCCAAA